UUCCCCCCCCCCCCCCUCCGGUCCUUUUCUUCUCCCCCACUUCCCUCUUGUAUACUCAUUCCCCUCGUCCCUCCUCUCCCUCUUCCUCCUGCCAUGUACACAGCCCUGCAUCAGACGAGUCCCGCCCUGCCCCAUAUCACCACCAUGACCGACGUUUCCCCCAACCCCGCUUCCAGCUGCCAGCUUCGCUCCGGCGCCUCUCGCGCCAGCGACCCUCGCGCCCGCAUCCACGCCUGGCGCCGCGCCUACUCUCCCGCGAACAACCUUCGCCGCUCCCUCCCCGGCCUCGGUCUCGGUUUUGCGAUCUUCGCCUCUAUCGUUGCCUAUGAGGAGAUGGGCCACCUCCGGAAGUGAGCGAUCGGACGCUCCUGCCCCCGCUUAAUGCCCCCCCCCCCCCCCCUC